AUGUCCGUGCAGGAACCGCUGCUGCUGCGGGUCCCGUCAGUCCUCACAUUCCGCCGCGUGACGUACACAAUAGACGGCGGCCGUGAAGUUCUCCGCGGCGUCUCCGGCCACGUGCGGGGCGGGGAGCUGCUCGCCGUGUUGGGUCCCUCCGGCGCCGGGAAGUCAACACUUCUGGACAUUCUCGCACAGCGCCCAAAGAGCGGGAAGUGCGGCGGCGACAUUCGUCUUAAUGGCAGACCUAUUGAACAGGGAAGCUUCCGCCGCAUUAGUGCUUACGUGCAGCAGGAGGAUCUACUUCAGAGCUAUCUCACCGUGCGGGAGAGCAUCUUUUACGCCGCGCAGCUACGCACACCACCGCAUCUCACAAAAGAACAACUUAACGCCCGCACACAAAAUAUUAUGUCAUUACUCCGCAUUGAUGGAGUGCAGGAUACACUGAUUGGGUCAGAAGUAAUGCGUGGAAUCAGUGGGGGUGAAAAGAAGCGAUGUGCAAUUGCCAUUGAAUUGGUGGCAGCUCCUUCCUUAUUGUUUCUGGAUGAACCCACUACGGGACUGGAUACCUUUACCGCACUGCAUCUCUUAACAAUCUUAAAGGAUCUCGCAGCACAAGGGGUAGCUGUUGUUUUCUCUAUUCAUCAACCUCGCAGUGGGAUUUUCCGUUUAUUUGAUCAAGUAUUACUAUUGAAUAGUGAUGGCGAAGAGGCAUACUUUGGUCCUGCAACAGAGGCCCUACCGUUUCUUGCCAGCAUUGGUAUUACACCUUCAGAACCCGAUAACCCGGCAGACUUCCUGUUAGACACGGUAUCUGCAAUUCCACCAGAUGUACAGGAAAGGACGGACUGGUUGCAGCGAUAUAAAAUUUCAGCAGCAUCCGCUAAUGGAACUGUUAUUGCGGAAGCUUUUCGCACAACUAUUAUGAAUAAUGUGGAACGUGAUAUUGAUGAUAUUGUGACCACCUAUGACAUAGAUGGUGCCAUGCAACCCUUAGCUAAAACUUCACCAUACUUUCGUGGAAUGUUCACACAAAUACGAGUAGUAGCGACACGAGCGGUAUUAAAUAAAAUACGUGAUCCUAUUGCAACUUUUGCUGCUGUUAUAGCAGCUAUUUUCUUCGCCGUGCUUAUUGGGUCAGUAUAUUUUAAGGUAGGGUUAUCCGAAUCCUCUGUUCGUAAUCGUAUGGGUUUACUUUUCUAUGUGGUAAUGAAUACCACUUUUUCGAGUCUUGGAAGUCUCGGUUUGCUAAUGUUAGAGCGUGCGAUAUUUGUACGAGAACAUCGUAACGGAAUGUAUCGUGCUUUUGCUUAUUUGGUGGGGAAAAUAGUCCAAGAUGUACCCAUCAGUGUACUGACAAAUCUCAUAUUUAAUGCAAUAGUUUAUUUUAUGGUAGGAUUACAGUCAAGGGCAGACAAAUUCUUUAUAUUUUAUUUUAUCUGUACACUUGUGAUGCUUAACAGUUACGCUCUUUGCCUAUUUAUAUCAAAUAUAUCAAAAAACAUUCAAGUGGCAAAUAUAGUGGCACCUCUUGUGUUUGUGCUUUAUUUGCUUCCAUCCGGAGGUGUGCUUAUGGAUGUGGAUAGUUUGCCCAUUGCUUGGCGCUGGAUUAAGUACAUCUCAUUUGUACGGUAUGGACUUGCAGCGCUGGUGGUGAAUGAGUUCGAUGGUUUAGUGAUUAAUUGUCCCCCAAAUACAACAACAUGUAUUUCGGAUGGAAAUAUGUACGCAGAGUUGCAGGGUUUCAACAAGAAUGAUUUGUGGUGUUAUGUUGGGGCCAUCGCCGGUGGUGUAGGGAUCUAUCUGUUACUGGCCUACAUUGCCCUUCUUUUCCUGCGCACAGGGGAGGGUAAGUAA